AUGACCUAUCCUCUCCGAACCCUAACUCCACCUACCCCCACUCCCCCGAUCCCCCCACUCGUCCCACUCUCCCUGGCGCCUCCCCCUCUCCCCCGAUCUGGACGCGCCGCCACCCGGGGACCUCACCGCCCGUCGCCCCUCGUCGCUGGAUCGCCACACGGCGCCAACCACCGCCGUCGACUGGAGCUCCUCCGCCUCGACCGCCGCACGUCGUCCCUGUCAUCCUCCCCACGGAUAUCGCCCUCGCUAUCAUUCGCCGGGUCGUCCGCGACCUUGCCGGCGCUGCCUCCCCGCCGGACUACGUCGUCCUCACCGCCGUCGCGCCGGAUUGCCCCAUCCCCACCUCUCCUUCAUCGGUCCUCCCCGCGCCUCGCCGCCCUCUUCUCUUCAACGGGGUUGAGCUCCCCGUCGGGCCCCGUCCGUCUUCCCCCUUCCGUCCCAACGCCGUGGCCGCGCUCGCUCGCCGCAGACCGCGCUCACCGCGAGCCCCUGCGCCCGCCGUGUCCGUACCCACACCCUCGCUCGCGAGCUCCGCCACUGCCGCGCGGCCGCUUCUCUGCAGCCGUCGCGGUCGUGCUCACCGCCGGCGACUUCGGCGGCCUUGGCACGAACCGUGGGCACCACCCCACUCGCCUCUCUGGGGCGUUCUCACAUGCCUAG